AUGACUAGUUCAAUUUUAAGUAAGGUAAAGUUUUAUUUCAAAUGCACAGUUUGUGCUUUAAUUAUUGCAGCAAGUGCUUUGUAUGGUGUUAUUUGCUCGAUAUUAUUAAGGAUUGUUGGUAAAAUCGAGUAUGCUCAGUAUUCAGUUGCUAGAACCUUUUUUUACACUUGUAGGUUUCUUCUAGGAAUCAACAUCAAGAUUAAAAAUGAACAUCUCCUUACAGAGUUGCCAGCUAUUGUUAUUUCAAAUCACCAGUCUGCUCUUGAUAUUCAUGUGUUGGGCAGAAUCUUCCAACCUGGUUAUACAGUUACAAGCAAGGAUUCAUUAAAGUAUACUCCAUUUUUGGGCUGGUUUAUGCUUCUCAGUGGUACUUUCUUUUUAAACAGAAGUAAAUCGAGUCAAGCUAGAAAAGUAUUGAAUGGCGCAUUGCAGGAUUUGAAAAACCAGAAAAGAGCAUUGUUUAUGUUCCCUGAAGGAACAAGAUCGGCUUCGCGGUCUUUAGAUAUGUUGCCCUUUAAGAAAGGAGCGUUCCAUUUGGCAAAGGAGGCAGGAAUACCCAUUAUCCCUGUAGUUGUUAGCAACACCUCAACAAUAUUCGAUGCAAAGAACAAGAUUUUCAACACUGGGGAAAUCAAUAUCGAAGUUUUGCCUCCUGUGUCAACAGCUUGCUUAGAGACUAACGAAGACGUUACAAAAUUAUGUGCCGAUGUCAGAAAAUCAAUGAUUGACAAAUUGAAGAGCAUAGGUUAUUCAAAAGUUCCCGGCGUGAAACCAAACCAAGAUGAUUACUCAACAGAAGAUGAAGAUGAAGAUGAAAAUGACACUAAUUCUGAGAUCGAGGUGAUUAGCGAGGGAACUCCGUUAGUAUCUGGUGACUAA